AUGACGCCUAACAUCCUCAAAUCUCACACCGACACCUCCAAGUUUAUCGGCCAGAAACCACCGACCAAGGAGAACGACCCGAACAACAACAACUACCAGAACUACAACCCCGCUCCGAAAUCAGACAGCAGCAAUAUGCCGACAGACGCCUCCAACAGAUCUGGUCAGGCUCUCGACGCGGGUGCUUCGGCGGGGAACCAGGCUCUGAAUGCCGAGACGUCGCUGCCUGAGAACGCUUCGAAACAGGGUGUGGCACCAGCGUUGAGCUCUCAAGGCGCAAUCGGCUCCCACUUCACCGAACAUGGCGCGAUCGGGGGCACGGCCCAGAAAAUCGGCGGUCCGUUAGAUAAGGAGGGGAUCAUUGGCAAGCACUUCAAGGGCGAUGGGACGUUGGGUGGAACGGUGAACAAGAUAGUUGGCGGAGAACAGAAGUAA